UCUGUGUGUGUAUGAGAACUGAGAAGUGAAAAGCAAGAGAGGAGCGAUGGCGAUUAGGAAGGACGAGGUGGUGUGUGUUACAAGAGGAAGCGGCUUCAUAGGCUCUUGGCUGGUUCGUCUUCUCCUCGAACGUGGGUACACCGUCCACGCCACCGUCAAAGAUCUCAAUGACGAUAGAGAUUCGAAGCAUCUGGAAGCCCUAGAAGGAGCAGACUCGCGUCUCUGUCUCUUCCAGAUCGAUCUCCUCGACUACGAUUCCCUCCUCACCGCUCUCAAUGGCACCGUCGGUCUUUUCCACCUGGCUUCCCCCUGUAUUGUCGAUCGAGUUCUGGAUCCCCAAAAAGAGCUUUUGGAGCCGGCGAUCAGUGGGAUGAUAAAUGCACUAAAAGCGGCGAAGGAGUGCGGGGUGAGGCGAGUGGUUGUCACCUCAUCGAUAUCUGCCAUCAUUCCUAGCCCCAACGGACCACAAGUGGAGAAAACAAGGUUUGAGGACCUGGAGUUGAUCAAAGACUUGGCCCGUCAUGAGACCAAGACCAUGAGGGAGCUCCUGGAGCGUUGUAACGAGUUCGCUAACAUGGCAGAGAUAGUACAAGCACGGAAGAAGGUGAUUGAAGCCAAGCCCCAGGACAACAAGAGGUCGACGACGAACGAUCGCAAAGAGAGCAAGAGGUCAAGGACUGAGCGUCGGUAA